GUGUACCUCUUAAUCGGGGGCCUUCUGCCAUCAGGUUCCAACGUGCCUUCCACACAGCACCAACUCUUCUCUUUCCUGUAAAGUUCUGGAAGCUGUGCUUCUGGAUUGGUUACAUUAAAAAUGACUAUUCUCUGUUGCUGUACACAAAAUAGCAAGGGCAGGGUGUUACACUUUGAGUAGGAAUUUGAGCACCAAAUUGUCUUAUUUGACAGAGUGCAUCAUGUUGGGGAGAUGAGUUCAUUUUAAAAUGUGCUUGCUUAAAGCAUCAUUAAUUGUUAAAAUAAAAAAGGACAAAACAAAGAAAGCCCUAUCUAUGGCAGUUUCCAUGUGCACAUGGCUAAAAUACCAUUUUGGAGACAGACAGAAAGAUGAGGGGUGGAAUGUUGGGGUGGGGGGCGGUACAGCCUGACAUUAACCAAGGAAGAGGAGAACAAUUGGUGGUUGUUAGGGUUUCUGUUUCCUUUAUGUUCUUUAUCCUCAAGUUACAACACCCCCUCACCCAGUUCCUUUAAAAAAAAAAAGAUAUUCAGUGAGGUUUGUUUGUAGGCCUCUGCCAAGAAUUUACCCGAGCUGCUUUCUUCCUGGUCAGCCAACAAAAGGCAUAGAAUUGUGUUUUGAAUUUUUGAGAAUCCUGACUAUUAUAACUAUCCAAUAAAGGCAUCACUAAGAAUUGGAUUUUUACAUUCUAAAAAUAAAAUCAUAAAAGUAAAUGACUUCUGAUUAAUAUAUCAACCCUACAGAAAUCUUUAUUUGUUCUAUCCAAGUAUUUAGUAGUUCUGCCAAGAAAACAAGGUUUUUUUGGUUUAAAAAAAAAUGGAGUGUUUUUUUAAUAAUGUUAUAAGAUAUCCAGCAUGUCCCACUUCAUUACAAUUAACUUUCUAUCAUUACAGUAUUGUAGAUGUAAUAUAUUGGGCAGUCAGAGCUUUUAAAUGUUUGAAAAACAAAAUAGAAUAGUCGUAAUUUAGGAAUAAUUCAUUUAAAAUACAUGUUUCCUCCACAUAUUUGAACAAUCUGUCCAAAACACAGCUCAUUCAUGUGGGACUUUGCCUGUGCAACUCUGAGUGGGAAUCAGUACUUUCUUUGUUCAUCACUAUGGAAACAAGUCAGCCUAUCCUGAAUGGCUGUUAAAUCAUGCAGAGUGAUGCUCUUAUCUCAGUGUAACUUCAUCAGGGAGCAAGCUGGCACUGACAUCUCCUGGCCUCCAGCUCUCCUCCUGGGGCCCAGCACCAUGCAGGACCCGCCCCGGCGGCUCUCGGCCAUGCCCUUCCUCAGCUCCUUCUUACAGGGCCGCCGGCACUCGGCCUCAGACACAGCACUGAGGCUGCCGCAGGGGCAGCACGGCUCCGGCUCCGGCUCCGGCUCCGGCUCCGCCACCAGGAUGCUCUCCUCAUCCUCUCUCCAGGUGAUGCUAGCUGUGUCCUCUCUCAGCUGCGCCAAGAGAAAUCCAACUUGCCCUGAGAGAAAAAGCAAUUCAGGACGUCCAACGCCGAAGUAUACAAAAGUCGGAGAGCGUUUACGGCAUGUCAUUCCUGGACACAUGGCCUGCUCCAUGGCCUGUGGGGGCAAAGCUUGCAAAUAUGAAAAUCCAGCCCGCUGGAGUGAGCAGGAGCAGGCCAUUAAAGGGAUCUACUCGUCCUGGAUCACUGAUAACAUCCUGGCCAUGGCUCGCCCGUCCACUGAGCUCCUUGAGAAAUACUGCAUCAUCGAGCAGUUUCGUAGCCAUGGCUUAAAAACAGUCAUUAACCUGCAGCGGCCUGGUGAGCAUGCCAGCUGUGGGAAUCCUUUGGAACAAGAAAGUGGCUUCACGUACCUUCCUGAGGCUUUCAUGGAGGCUGGCAUUUAUUUCUACAAUUUCGGAUGGAAGGAUUAUGGUGUAGCGUCGCUUACCACCAUCUUAGAUAUGGUGAAGGUGAUGACAUUUGCCUUACAAGAAGGAAAAGUAGCUAUCCAUUGUCAUGCAGGGCUUGGUCGAACAGGUGUUUUAAUAGCUUGUUACUUAGUUUUUGCAACAAGAAUGACUGCUGAUCAAGCCAUUAUAUUUGUUCGGGCAAAGCGUCCGAAUUCCAUUCAGACUCGAGGACAAUUACUGUGUGUGAGGGAAUUUACUCAGUUUCUGAUUCCUCUUCGCAACAUAUUCUCUUGCUGUGACCCCAAAGCACAUGCUGUCACCUUAACACAGUAUCUGACUCGCCAGCGGCAUCUACUGCAUGGUUAUGAGGCGCGACUUCUGAAACACGUGCCAAAAAUUAUCCACCUUGUGUGCAAAUUGCUGCUUGACUUAGCUGAGAACAGGCCCGUAGUGACAGAAGAAGUGGUAGAAGCACCUGGCCUCUUGGCGGAAAUUGAGAAGACCGUGUCUGAGGUGGUCACACAGCAACUGGACAGAGAGUUACUGAGGCACGACAGUGAGGCGUCGGACUCCUUCACUCCCACUGCAGUAGCGGUGGAUGUUGAGACUCAGGAUAGGAUUCUUUCCAGUGAGCAAGAGUUUGACCCUCUUUGGAAGCGACGAAAUGUAGAGUGCCUUCAGCCCCUGACUCACCUGAAAAGGCAGCUCAGCUACAGCGACUCAGAUUUACAGAGAGCCGAGUCACUUCUGGAGCAGUCAGGGACCCCGUGGACAGCAUCUGCUCAGAUCUCAUUCUACAUCCCUAGGCAGCGGACGCCUGUAGGCCACUGUGACACCCCACAGACUCCACAGCUGGAUUUCAAUAAGGACAUGCUGGUCCACAAUACAUUUUCUUUCUGGAAUCCAACUAAAUUUGGAGGCUUAGAACGACUCAAAGAUGACGGGUCACCAAUUUCCCAAAGGAAGAAUAUUCCAAAGGAAAUACAGCGGAGUAAAACCUUCUCUUCAGGUUCAUCCAAUCCUGGGGAACCAGUUACACCCAAUGUUGCAGAUACCCUCAAGAAACCACACUGUUCUCUCCAGCAAGGGGCCCCGUGUCAGUGUGAAGUUCAUGGUGGCUACAGCAGUCCUGUGUACUAUGGCUCCAGCCUCAAAGCACAGUCCUCGGUUGGACCUAAAACACAGAGCAGCAAAGAUGUUUCUGAAGUCGCUUCACACACUGCUCUACAGUCUGAAUUGAGUGUUGAAGAAAGGAGGAUACUGGCAGCCAAAGCCCUGGCAAACUUAAGUGAGUUUGCAGAAAAGGAGGAAGUGAAAAGGAAGGUAGAAAUGUGGCAGAAAGAGCUAAAUUCCCGAGACGGAGCUUGGGAAAGAAUAUGUCAUGAGAGGGAUCCUUUCAUCCUGUGCAGUUUGAUGUGGUCGUGGGUGGAGCAGCUAAAGGAGCCUGUGAUAACCCAAGAGGAUGUGAGCAUGUUGGCUGACAGAUGUGCAGAUGCUGCAGAUGCACUGUUUCUAUUAGAAAAGGGCCAGCACCAGACUAUCCUCUGUGUGUUGCACUGCCUGGUGAGCCUGCAGCCGGUUCCCGUGGAUGUGGAGGAAGCUGUCCUGGCCCACGCCAUCCAAGCUUUCACAAAGGUUAAUUUUGAUUCUGAAAAUGGACCAAUAGUUUACAAUACCCUAAAGAAAAUAUUUAAGCGCACACUUGAAGAAAAAAGAAAACUGACAAAAGACAGCCUUACGCCUGGUGUUUAGUGCAGCUGCCUCUCCCUUCUUGGCGACUGUUUCGGACCAGAAGACCCAUCGGCAUUUCUGUUCAUAGAUGAACAAGGUCAGGCGUGGAGCUGCUUCGUCUCCCAGCACUCUGCUUCAUGCUCUUGGUUUGUGCUAAGUAUGACUGCUUCUGUUUGGAGCAGUUAUAUAUUUUAAGAUAUCGUUGAGCUACAUUUUUGUGUUUAAAAAUUGCCAUAAAGUUGUUGCCACUUUUAUUUAUUUAACUGAAUUAAUAUUGUUGCAUUACUAUUUCAAGUAAUGUAUGUUUACAUCCUUAUUCUUUUGACAUUUUGGAAAAAGCUGUAACUCUUCUUUCCAGAACAAUUACCUUGUUGACAGAACUCUUUCUACCAUUGUUACCAAGUAGAUUUCAGCAGUAAAAUGUCAGUGUGUAUCCAUCCCUGAUGCAUGAUAUAAGGAAGUCACCAAGUGUCUUAAACCAAGUGUUUCUUAUUUCUUAAGAAGGUUGUUGAUACAAUGUUUUUAAAGGAUUUUUUUUAAUUGUUGAAAUCUUUUUUUUCCUUUUUAUAGAUCUGGCAAAGGAUUUCAAAAUGUAUUCUUUUUCAGAGUAGUUUAGUUUUGCUGUUAAAGGAAUGACUGUGAGAUAGUUGCAGAAACUAGACUUGCUCAGGCUUCUAGACAAUGUUGCCAACCUUUGCUGUCACAGGAGACAGGAGUGGUUCUCUCACAUCAUGCCUUAUUCCCACUCCCCUGGGCUGCUGCUGAGUCAAACAUCUUUACAGAGAAACUGGGAUCAGGGGUGGGCACUGUGGGAAGCUGCUCUGAAGCAGGACUCCACAGAAAGGCCGGCCUCGUGGGGCAGGCUCUGCAGCCCUGCUGCCCAGGCACUGCAGCCCUCCCCAGUGCCAUGUCUGUUCAUGCUGAUGGUGUGACAGCGUGAGAUCUGGCCCAGACCUCCCAGGCUAUAGACCAAGUUGCCUUUGACUGCCUUUUGACUAGCACAAGUAAGAUUUUUAAAUUGAAUUUGACCCACUUAGGUUAUAUUCGCCCUACUAGCUUUAGAUAAGAACCUAAAGUGGUUCCUUGUAGAACCAAACUAUCCGUCAGCUAUUGAAGCCAUAACUAAUAUUCAAAUGAACAGGUGAGGUACCUAGGCCAGGCCAGAGACUAUCAAAAGUUUUUCCCAAAAAGGGUGAUAUUAAUCAAACCAUUUCAAACUAAAGAAACUACUUAAUCAUAAAUACAGAAUAUAAGAAAAAGCUAAUUUACAACAAAUGAAAUUUCUCUAACUUCUGCAUCUGUGAAUCAAGCUCUAGCACAUUAAAGAUAUUUUAGUCAUUAUCAGUCUUACUAACUCCGUUGGCAAACACUAAAUGCCAUUUUCUCCCACACUGUUUGUAUUUUCUUAGGAAAGCAAAUCCAAUGAAUUUUAAUGGACCGGGUUGUCCAUUCCUGAUAUUUCUCAUUUUCAAGUGCCUGAUCUAGGAAAUUAGGGGAGAAGACAAUUGCAUUUAUCCAAAGAUACGUUAUUAAAAUGUUUUGUACCAAAAAGAUCUCUGUUCUCUUCUCAUUCAGUCUCAUGUGGGCAAGUGGCACCGCGGCUUAUCUGAUGGUGUGACCCCAGGGCACCUCUAAAAUCUAAGUGCACCACCAGCAAGGGAGAGCUGAUGGGGGGAUUCAUUAGGCUGCGUACACUUACAGGAUCCAUUGGAAUAAAAGUGAAAAAUAAC